AUGGACAGUAACGACGUUAAUGAGACUAGUACAAUUUGUUUCUUAACGAAACAUUAUGGAAUCAACAGAGGGGUUUUCUUUGGUGAUGAUCCAUUAAACUUCGUGAAUCCCAUGGUUUUGGCUCAAAUUUCUCUCUGUGGCAUUUUCACUUCUCUUUUCCAGUUCUUUCUUGCCCCUCUUGGGGUAACCAAUUUUGUGUCGCAGAUGCUGGUAGGAUUUGUAAUGGGUCCUUCAAUCAUGGGAUCGCACCAUUCUAUCAGGGAGGCAUUUUUCUUACCUGAAAGUUUCUAUGUGAUGGACACCUUAGCCUACUUUGGUUUAAUGCUAUUUUUGUUCCUCGUGGGAGUGAAAAUGGAUUUGAAUAUGCUUUGGAAUACAGGAAGGAGGGCAGUGAUCAUAGGCCUAGCUACCUUCUUAUUCCCCUUAAUACUUAGCUUUAUAAUUUCUCAAUGUUUCUUACAUUCACUUGCCCUGGAACAGAGAAUCCACAGAUCAUUGCUUUGGGUUGCCUCAUUGCAAUCCAUGAGUUCCUUCCAUGUAACCAAUUGUCUCUUAACUGAUCUGAAGCUACUGAAUUCGGAGAUAGGUAAGCUUGCUUUAUCGUCGUCCAUGAUUAGUGGAACGUGCGCGUGGUUCUGGAUCAGCAUCAUAUUCACCGGAAAGCAGAGUAUUGGAGAACACAAAAAGGGGAGUUUGUUACUAAUGUUCUUAUUUGUAGCCAUCAUGCUGAUCCUUCUUGGAUGCCUCGUCCGUCCGCUCGUGCAGAGGAUGGCCAGACGAUCCGAGGGUAAGAAAUCAGUGAGUGAGAGCCACAUUUUCGAGAUAUUCAUAAUGGUGAUGGCUAGUGCACUUUUUGGUGAAAUUGUUGGGCAACAUUUUCUAUUUGGACCGAUGCUUUUAGGCCUGGCUAUACCUGAUGGACCGCCUAUAGGUUCCACCUUGAUCACUAAGCUUGACAGCUUCAUCUCUUAUGUCCUCCUUCCGCUCUAUGUUGUAAUCAGUGGUACAAAGCUUGAUUUCUCGCUGAUAACAUGGAGGCAUUUCGGUAUCAUUGAGACAUUGGCUGUAUUCUCUUUCCUCUCCAAG